GGCAGCUUCUUGGACGAACCAAUCACAGGAGCGCUUUUUGGGAUUAAACCGUGUAGCGUCACCGUCCUGAAAUUCAAAAUUUAGAAAGAAACGAGAGAGGAAGAACAGUUUUGCUUCAGUGUUUUCCACGUUUUCUGUAAGAGUUCGUUUGAAAACCUGGCUAAAAUGGCGCAGUUUGGGUUUGACAACGACAUCCACAGUAUCUUGAAGCUUGAUAUGCCCAUCACAAACGCUCCCAUGGCGAGGUGGCAAAGAAAGGCCAGCUCCUCAAACACAUCCGCCUUGAACGGAUUGUCGCCUGGCAAAUCUGCUAAUGUGUCUCUUAGUUCAUCAUCAAAAACGCCCAACAAAACGCCAGGCAAAAAUAAAAAACAAACUCCCUCUAAGAUGGGAGGCGACCGCUUCAUUCCCACCAGAAACGGCAAACAAAUGGAUGUGGCAACUUUCCUGCUCGCUAAGGAAAAUGAACCUUUGGACACAACCGAUACAACAGGAACAUCAGAAAGCCAAAAGGCCAUGUCCUUGUCACUGAAUGGUUACAACAUUGAGGAUGCAAAGAUCCUGCACCUUGGAGGGAAGCCGUUGAAUGCUCCAGAAGGCUAUCAAAACAACUUGAAAGUCCUCUACAGUCAGGGUGCAACUCCUGCCUCAGUCAAAAAGACAAGAUACAUAUCGCCAACUCCUGACAGAAUCUUGGAUGCUCCGGACCUUCGAAAUGAUUUCUAUUUAAAUCUGCUUGACUGGAGCAGUCGAAAUGUUCUCGCUGUGGCGCUUCAUAACAGUGUCUACCUGUUGGAUGCCACUCAAGGAGACAUCACACUGCUCAUGAAGUUGGAGCGCGAGGAGGACUACAUCUGCUCGCUGUCCUGGACCAAAGAGGGAAGCUACCUCGCUAUUGGCACCAGUGACUGCAAAGUUCAGUUGUGGGAUGUUGACAAACAGAAGUCUCUACGCAACAUGGCCAGCCACACAUCUAGAGUUGUUAGCCUGAGCUGGAAUGACCAUGUUCUCUCCAGCGGCUCGAGAUCAGGACACAUCCACCAUCAUGAUGUGAGGGUGGCAGACCACCACAUCACCACGCUUACUGGUCACUCGCAGGAAGUGUGUGGGCUUCAGUGGUCCCCUGAUGGGCGAUACCUGGCCAGUGGGGGAAAUGACAACACGGUGUAUGUAUGGCCCCGUGUGCAGGAGGGCAAUGCCAACCAGUCUGUCCGCUGCUGGAGUGAACAUCAAGGAGCUGUCAAGGCUUUGGCCUGGUGUCCGUGGCAGCCAAAUAUCCUCGCCUCUGGAGGUGGUACUAGUGACCGUCACAUCCGCAUCUGGAAUGUAAACAGUGGCUCCUGCAUCAGUUCACUUGACACUCAGUCCCAGAUCUCAUCGCUGGUGUUUGCACCCAACUACAAGGAGUUGGUCUCUGCCCAUGGAUAUGCCCACAACAAUGUCGUUAUCUGGAAGUAUCCCUCUCUCACCAGGGUUGCAGAGCUCAACGGCCACGAGGACCGAGUUCUCAGUUUGAUUCUGAGCCCAGACUUCUCUACUAUUGCGACUGUUGCUGGAGACGAGACUAUCCGUCUGUGGAAGAGCUUUGAAGUGGAUCCUAUUAAGAAGAAGGCCAAAGAGAGGCUGGCCAAAUCAACUAGCGGUGUCAUUAACCAGUUAAUCAGAUGAAAUGCUUAGAGUUUUUUUUUUUUUUGGUCUACACCAAACAAGUUAUGUGCAAAUGUUUUUAUUUAAUCCACAAUAAAAUUACCCAGUGUUUUAGCUGCCACUGAUGACUUACUGCUGUUGUGUAGUGGGUUGUUGGUCUCAAUUGUUUAUACAGGUCUGCUAAUGUGAAGUACAACUCUUUUUAGUGUCUGUUUAAGCAGAAGAUGUAUUUAUGACCUUCACUUAGAUUUCAUUUUAUAUUCCAGAUGUAUUGUAUAAAGUGGGCUGGGCUAUAAAUAAAUGGUUUGAUUACCAUA